AUGGCCGCCCGCCAAUCAACACCACCGUCGGACCACUCGCACUCCGAUAACGUGCGCAAGCGCGUGUGCAAGGCCUGCGACCGCUGUCGCCUAAAGAAAUCCAAGUGCGACGGAAGCAGUCCAUGUUCGCGCUGUCGAGCAGACAAUGCCGUCUGCGUCUUCGGCGAACGGAAGAAGGCCCAUGAUAAAGUGUACCCCAAGGGAUACGUUGAGAUGCUCGAACAGCAACAAGCCUGGCUUGUCAACGGCCUGCAAGAACUCUACCGCCGCAGCAUCGAAGGCGAAGGCUGGCCGGGCGACCUGCUCAAGCCGGAGCCGAACGGCCACCCCCUCACACACGACCUGCUCAAACGUCUCGGCGCCCUGGACCACUCCAAGGGCGAGCGCUUUGAGGAGAACCCCGAGGCCAUGCAGCACGAGCUCUGGCGCAACGGCAUGCAGCGCCAGGAAUCGACCGACGGCUCCUCCGACAGCCCCCAUAGUCCCCUCGCCCGCUCGCGCUACUCCUCCGAUACCUUCUCUUCACAGCAGACCCUGCCCCCGACGCCGCCCGCCUACAGUCCGACGCAUCACGUCGUGCACACCCAGCCGCAGAUCAAGCCCGAGCCCGCGAUGAGUGCCGCGCCGGCGCCCCAGCCGCAGUACGCCCUGUCGAUGCACGGCGUGGUAAAUCCGCUGGCGCUACAGGGUGCGCCGCAGCAGUGGCCGGGGAAUCAUGGCGGGUUCAAUCCGUACGACGAGAUGGAUAUGAUGAGCUCGGCCGACUAUGCGACCUUCCACCACUUUGAGGACCCGAUGCCGUCAUCGAUGUUCCACCGCCAAAUGCCGAUGAACUGUGUGCCAUCCAGCGAGUAUGAUGACUUUAAGGAGUUUUUGAAUCCGAAUGCGACAGAGAUCACUUCGAUAUAA